UUAAAACUUUGUGUGCAUAAUUAGAUAGUACUUUUGGAAUUAGUGUUCUAUUGGUUGCGUACUAAAUUAGCCUUUCCAGGAUGGAUUCGGAUUCGGAGCUGCACGCUACAGACACUCUUCGAUUCGAUUCCGACUCGGAGGAAGAUUUGGAAAGUUUGGAAUUACCGCAAAGUCAUAAAGACGAUGGCGCGGAUGAGGGUGAUUUGCAUAGCACAACGGCAAACGCUGAUCAAGGAGAUGAUGAAGAAACGAUUCAUACGAGCUAUCGCAAUUCCAAGCAAGCAAGCAAGAUUAUAGAUAGCGACUCGGAUGAAGAAGAGACAAUGCUGCCGAAUGCACCGGAUGCAGAUACAGCGCGUUCCCAAAAAGCAACAACAAAUGCGGUUGAUAGGCUUAAAUCAUUACUUGAUUCCGAAUCAGAAUCAGAUUCGGAGACUGUAGCAGAAGGUUUAAAAAAGUCCAACACUGAAGAUGGGUUCAACAAGAAGCGGAACAGAGGGAAACCGCAGAGCGUUCUGUCUGAUUCUGAUGAAGAGAAAAUUUCGAAAAGCAGUACAUCAUCUGGCAACACUCGAUCCAAACCAGCUCGUAAAAAACGUGUAGAAAAGCGUAAGAUUAUUACUAAAAUCAACACCGCUCAAGAUAUACUUGCCAGUUUGCAAUUGAGAUUCAGUGAUGAAGACAGCGAUGCACCAAAUCGCGACGAAAGGAAGGAAGAAUCAUCUUCUGAAGAAGACGUGAACGACAUGAAAGAAAGAAAUCCUCAUGAAAGAAGACCCCCAAAAAAGAUGACUGCCCACGAAGCGAUGGAAGAGCGGCGCGUUAUUCAAAGCGAAUCGCAACGCAUGAAACGUGAAAUGGCAGUUGAUGUGCCGUAUCAUCGUGCUAGGGAGCGCACGUUUGAGGAAUUUCUUUCUAGAAAAGCUAUUCGUCGUGCACCGGUGUCGAAUAGUUUUUGUGAACGAACUAAAAAGCGCGAUAUGUCAUUGAAAAUGACUCCGGAACAGCUGGAGGCUUUUUCACAGCAACUGCAGGAACUGGAAGAGGAAUCGAAAGCGUUCUACAAGUCCGAAAGUGACUCAUCGGAUGACGGACCACCGGAGCCACCUCUGAACGAGAAGCCGUCGAAUCCCUCUGAAAGCGAGAUCCCCGUGAUGGACAACCAUGAGUUAAAACAUGAACCCAAACCACAAGAAGGAAUGGAACCACCUCCACUAGACACAAAUCCUCCUGGAGAGGCAAUAAAUUUGUUAUGUAUCGAUACAGGCUUGGAACAAAAAGAGACCGAAGAAAUGGACACAGAAUGCACCGCAGAAGAUGCGAAUUAUGUCUCAAAUGUGCCGUAUGAAACGGAAAACAAGAAAGAUGAACAGCAGCGAGAAAUUGACUACGACAUUGCCUUCGAACAGCAGACCGAAUCUAGUGUAACUGGCAAGAAAAGGUCUUUACUCUCAACACUGGAUCUCCCUCCUUGCCCUAGGUUGAGUGGGCAACCAGGGCUAGCGAUCGAUCUCGAUGGUGGCAACAUACAGUUGAGCGAACCGACGGGCAUCGAUAUUCUUUUCAAGAGACUGGAAAAAUGUGGUGGUGGUAAGAAAGAAACGUCUAAACAAAACACUGUUAGUAUUUUAAGUACUGACAGUGGGGUAGUGAAACUCGAUGUGGUACCGGUCCUAGCGAACGAAGCGCGACCCGUUGCUCCCAAGGAGCCUAUCCCUGGUGCAGCUUUUAUGAAACUACAACAUGUGUUGAAGGAACAAAUUAUCAACGAUCGUCUUGAGACCAUAAAAAAGCGAGAAGAAGAGUACGCUAAAAAGCUGGAAAUGGAAAAGGCAGAAAAAGGUGAAACUGAUGAUGAAGAAGAGGAAUUGUUGGAUGAUGAUGAUGUUGGAUCGUCUGAAAAUGAAGAAGAAUGUGCCUCUGUUGCUGCACCAGUGCUGGAAGCAAAUAACGACGAAGGAGAUGAUGGAGAAUCAUUGCUUCAUACAAGCAGCUCGGAGGAGGAGGAUAAUGAUGAUUCUGAUGGAAUGGAGAAAACAAACGGUAAAAAGGGUAGAAUUAUCAGGGCUUUCCAGGACUCCGAUGAUGAAACAAAUGAAAUUCAUGCUAUCGGAGAGCGUGGCCCUACAGCAGACGAUAAGAAUGAGGAUCCAUUGUCAGAAGAUUUACGAGGAGAAGAUGACGACAAAGUGGUUUUGAUGUGGAAAGACGAUGACGAAGAUCCGAAGGGAAAGGAAGCGGAGGAUGAGGAUUUAAUGGCUUUAUGUUCGGGCCAGUUUGUUACACAGUUUCCGCCGGUUGAUGCCAAAUCUCCAUCCAAGGAUUGUGCAAUAUCUACAACACAGAUGAAUGAUGUUGGCUGCCCGCUUUACACACAAGAUGAUGCGCAACCUGUUGCGGAAUCACAGCUAAUGGAUCUCUGUUCGGGACGAUUCGAGACACAAGCUGAUUUGCAGAACAGUAUAUCCACCCAAAAAGAACAUGCGCCAGUGGACUAUCA